AUGGAAAUUCAGACGGAACCACUUGAUCUAUCAACAAAAGGCAAAAAGCCGAAUAAAGUUCUAAAUAUAAUCGAUCUUAAAUUUCUGGAAGGCCUCAACAACCAUUUAGUUAAAUUGUACGAGAGAACUAACCUGGUUUGUAACAAGGAGACAUUUCUGCCGCCGAGGACGGUGAGCAUGAAGAAUAUACUGCCAUGCCAGGUUUGCUUGAAGACUUUUGACAGGCCGUCGCUAUUGAAAAGGCAUAUGAGGACUCACACAGGUGAGAAGCCGCACAUCUGUAACGUGUGCAACAAAGGAUUCAGCACGUCCAGUUCCCUCAACACGCACCGCAGGAUACACACGGGUGAAAAGCCACAUAAAUGUCCUGAAUGUGGCAAAUGUUUUACAGCAAGCUCCAAUUUGUACUACCAUCGAAUGACACAUACCAAGAACAAGCCGCACAAGUGCUCGUGGUGCCCGCGCUCGUUCCCCACGCCCGGCGAGCUGCGCGCGCACGUGGCGGCGCAUGCGCACGCCGCGCCUUACCCCGCGCUCAACUCGCUCAGAUAG